AUGGCAGAGGAGGGUUUUCAGCUGGCAAAGAUAUGCUGGUCACUUGUGUUGAUUGGUAUAAUCAGUGUCUUAAUGCGAUUGGUUAAGGAGAUGUGGCUGAAGCCUGCAAGGAUUCGAUCAGCGCUUUGGAGGCAAGGCAUCAGAGGGCCAGCACCUUCCUUCAUUUUUGGUAAUGUUUCAGAGAUGAAGAAGAUUCAAUCCAGCAAUAUCAACAUCAAUCAGAAACCAUCUGGUGUUAAACGAGUGCAGCACAACUGGGUUCCCUCAUUCUUUCCUUAUCUUCAGCAAUGGGAGCAGCAGUAUGGUCAAGUGUACAUGUACUCAACGGGGAGCAAGCAACACUUGUAUGUGAGCGAUCCCAAGUUGUUAAGGGAGCUGAAACUGCACAACUCCUUGGAUUUGGGCAGACCUACAUAUCUGAGUAAGCCAAUGCAGCCAUUGCUAGGUGACAGCGUUAUCCGGGCCAACGGAGAAGAAUGGGCAUACCAGAAGAAAAUCAUUGCUCCUGAAUUCUUCCUCGACAAGGUUAAGGGCAUGGUGGGUCUGAUGGAGGAAUCUACAAAGGCAAUAAUUAAGACAUGGGAGAGCCGUAUACUAGAAAGUGAGGAGGGCAUUGUGGACAUAACAAUUGAUGAGGAUUUGAAAAGCCUCUCUGCUGAUAUCAUAUCAAGAGCUUGUUUUGGCAGCUCUUACUCCCAAGGCAACCAGAUUUUUGCAAAGAUUGCUACCCUCCAGGACACCUUGUCCCAUCCAAGUUUGCUCUUUGGCUUUCUCAAUUUUAGAUUCCUUCCCACAGAAAAUGACAAGAAGGUAAGGAGUUUAAAGAAAGAGGUGGACGCUUUGUUGCUCAAAUUAGUGAGGGAUCGUCAGGCUGAAAGCCAAUCGUGUGGCACAUCAGAAAAGGACUUAUUACAAAUGAUACUUGAAAGUGCUGCUUCUAGCACUGAAAUGCCUAGCCACAAAACAGACCAAUUUAUUCUGGACAAUUGCAGAACUAUCUACUUUGCAGGAUCUGAGACCACUGCUCUUGCAGCAUCCUGGACCUUGAUGCUAUUGGCAUUACAACCCGAAUGGCAAGAUCGUGUUCGUGCGGAGAUUUUUGAGGUCUGUGGGGAUGAUGAUCAACUGCAUCAUUGCCUGCAAGACAUGGACACCUUACGCAAAUUGAAAACGCUGACAAUGGUUAUUCAAGAGAGCCUUCGGCUUUAUGGACCGGGAGUCAUAAUGGCUAGGGAAGCUCUUACAAACAUGAAGUUGGGGGACUUAGAUGUGCCAGAAGGCAUCCACAUAUGGACAUUCAUUCCAGCACUGCACCGUGACUCCGAAAAUUGGGGUUCAGAUGCUGAUGAGUUUAAGCCAGAGAGGUUUGAAAAUGGGGUAUCCGAAUCGUGCAAGUAUCCCCAAGCAUACAUGCCAUUUGGUUAUGGGAGCCGAUUGUGCAUGGGCCAGACAUUUGCCAUGCUGCAGCUGAAGAUAGUGCUCUCCCUCAUUCUGUCCAAGUUCUCAUUUUCCCUUUCUCCAAAUUAUCAACAUUGCCCUGUUUACAAAAUUUUGCUGCUGCCUCAACAUGGAAUCAAACUCCUUGUUAGGCGUGUGCAAUGA